AUGGCGCCCCACGGCCUGCGUCUGCUCAUCCUCGCCCUGCUCGCGGCGGCGUUCGCCGGGCUCUUCCUGGACUCCGCCGCUGCGCAGAACUGCGGGUGCUCCUCGGACCUCUGCUGCAGCCGCUGGGGCUACUGCGGCACCGGCUCCGACUACUGCGGCACCGGCUGCCAGGAGGGGCCCUGCGAGGCCCCGCCUCCGACCAACGCCGUCGUCGUGUCGGACAUCGUCACGGAGGCCUUCUUCAACGGCAUCAUCGGUAAGGCCGCCGCCGACUGCGCCGGGAAGAGCUUCUACUCCCGUUCCGCCUUCCUCCAGGCCCUCGGUUCCUACCCUCGUUUCGGCACGGUGGGCACGGAAGAUGACUCCAAGCGCGAGAUCGCCGCCUUCUUCGCCCACGUUACCCACGAGACCGGCAGUGAGUGCUCCUCCUGUUGCUCCACAAAAGAUCGUUCUUCUAUCUGCCGCCGCCGUUGCUGACGCCGCUUCGAUUGCUGGGUUUUGCAGGUUUCUGCUACAUAGAGGAGAUCAACGGGCCCAGCAAGGAUUACUGCGACGAGAAUAACACUCAGUACCCGUGUGUCCCCGGGAAGGGAUAUUACGGCCGGGGACCGAUCCAGCUCUCGUGGAACUUCAACUACGGCCCCGCCGGAGAGAGCAUCGGCUUCGACGGACUGGGCUCGCCGGAGACAGUGGCGGAGGACCCCCUGGUGGCGUUCAAGACGGCGCUGUGGUUCUGGAUGAACAACGUGCACUCGCGGAUAGUCUCCGGCGAGGGGUUCGGGGCGACCAUCCGGGCCAUCAACGGGGCGCUAGAGUGCGACGGCGGCAACCCGGCCACCGUGACCGCUCGGGUGGAGUACUACACCGACUACUGCAACCAGCUUGGCGUUGCACCGGGAGACAACCUAAGGUGUUAG